CGGGCUGUUGGCCACCCCAAAAAUCCUCAACCAUUUGCCUUCACACCUUCAACGGAAAGCUGAUGAAAUAAACCAGACAAUACUAACAGGAUAGAAUUGCUUUCUUGACUGGCUUUAGAGUGUUUCAAAAAGUUGAGGCGGUGGUCCCUUCAUCCUUCCGCUUUUUUCUCGACCUCAAAUGAAAACCUUUGCGCACCCCUGCUAUCAAGUUUUGUUUUUUCACUGCACUGAAUCCAAUCGCGUAUCCACAGUGUUUGAAAAAGUGGACGAAUUGAAGGAGUGUUGUGUGGAGCGGGCCAAGGAAAGAAUCGCUCCUGGGCAGGUGAGGGCAUCCGAUUGGUUGAAAUGUCAACCCCCGCAGCCACACCUGCCCGAGGCGCCUCCUUGAUCACGACGCCCGGCGAGGUGGCGCGAUUUACGAACAUUAAGUGAGCCACUGGGUUACAGUUGUGUCGCUUUCUGCUCGGUGGCUUUUUUCAAACAUUUCCUCCGCAUUUUAAAACUAAGAGAAAAAAAAAUGGCAGACUGGAAGACCCAGAUAAGCUACAACUACAACGCGUCCUACCACGCCUACGCGUACGGCCUCAUGUAUCAAUCCGGGCACGAACAGAACCACUGCCACGUUACCGGCUGGGGCGAAGCACCGCCGCCCGAUUUUACCAACUACUCACCCGGGGUGACGCAAGUUUACUACGCCGCCGCCGCCAGGACCCGCGAAGAGUCUCCGCCUCGUAGCCCGGAGCAGCACGUCGCCAACGGUCAUUGCCAUUACCAGGGCUCCGGUCUCGUGUACCUCGGCGAAAGUCAAGCUGGUCGCUUGCUUCUCGCUGGAACGCACCGAGCCGCCGGAGAAAGCGGGAGGGCCGCCAGCGACUCCACAAGUGACUCGGAGGCCCACGCCUCUCCCGAUUCAUGGAGUUUUAGUAGCGGGCGAGAAAGCGGCCUUCCGCAGGCAGACCCUGCCACGUGGGUGAAGAAAGAGCUCCGCGAUGACACAUACAGCAGGAGCAGGAGCCCUGACGCAGGAGACCGCGUUUCCAGCUCGCUGAUGGAGGAGCUGCCCUCCUGCAACGAUGUGGGCAACCAGAACGCUAACGCUUUCUCCGCGCAAGCGCCUUUUCCGGCCCCGAACAAACCAAGCUCUAACGCCGAGACCCCUAAAGGAAAGGUGCGCGUUUCCUUUUCCGAAAGCCAGAUGCACACUCUUGUCCAGCGUUUCAGCGUGCAGAGAUACCUCACCCCGGCCGAGAUGAAGAACCUCGCUGAACUCACGGGGCUUACCUACAAACAGGUGAAGACAUGGUUUCAAAAUCGAAGGAUGAAGCUGAGGAGACACCAGAAGGACAACAACUGGGUGUCAGAACGCUACACCGCCACCAAGAGUCGCAGCCGAGCCACCCCCCUUAGCGGAACUGUCAUUAACCACGUUCCACCUUAUCAACUAGAGACCCAAAGACCGCCACUCAAGGAGUACUACAAUCACCCCAUGAUGGACGCAACCUUCAAGAAGCCGGCGCCGCAGAACCUGGCCUUCUAUCUUGCUCGGAUGGGCAGUUCUGGUGGCUCCGCUCCUUUGUCCGCGUGGUCAUCUGGCCCGCCUCAAGCCGCGAUGCCCACUCGGCCACAGGCGGUUGGCUGGGCUGUGCCUGCGGGCUUCAACCAGCACGAAUACAACUCGGGUGUGUUCCAGUCAACCGGCAACAUGGAGCCUGACACCAGUUUUGAUGGCAAAGAUGCAGUGUCUGUCACCAGCCCGAACUCGCCAAUUACAGUCAUUGUACCUAACUUGGGCCAGUAGGGCGCAUCUGUUGUGUAUUCUCCGCAAGGGUCCUGAGAUUAGAAUUCUUUUUUCAGGCCAGUGGAUGUACAGAGGUCUUACAGCGGAGCAAAAAUAUUUUGCCCUUUUACCACCAAGUUUUAUUUUUUUAUAUGCGACUAUUUAAAGUUUCAGUGCUCGACGUACUUGUUAACAUCACCAUGCAUUGAGGUUUGGGGUUUUUUUUUUUUUUUUUUUUUUUUUGAAAGUGUGAAGAUAAGGACCAAUUCAAUCUGCGUCAUAAAUACUUUUGUGUGGAAACCAA